AAUUGAUGUUUUUGGCAAUUGUUUUAUUCAAGAUAACUAGAGUUGCAAUUUGUCAUGAUAUAAUUGCAUAGUUUAAUUGCAUUAACACUUUUCACUUCAGUGCAUGAUGUACAGGUUGACAAAGACUAUGUUACUGGGAGAUGUUUCUUGAGAGCAAAACGGUAUCCAUAUGCUCAUGUCUAUGAGUAUUCCAAAUUAUGCCUACUUCUCUUUUCAUAUGAACUUCAUCGGCAAGUUGGGUUGAUGGACAAAUAUCAGAACAUCUCUGUAAUGUAUGAGUUUAAAUGCUUUCUUUUUCUUCUGUCGUUUCUUUUCUUAAUAUCUUUGAGUUAAGUUGCAUUUGGUGGAACACAUAUUCAUUUCAUGUAGUCUUUAGAAGGCUUAUCUUUCGUUCUAUUUCCUAGUUGUUUAUCAAGUAGUGCUUCUUUUCUGGCAUCUCACACCAUUGACAACAAAAUUCUUCCCCCUUUUACCAUGGAAAGUUUGAUCCUUUUUCAGAGCAAUUUUUUAGAAAUUUUCUUAAGCGGCAUAUCUAUCAUGCUUUUCAACUUCAAGGAUAAUAUGUUUCUAAGUGAUUACCUCUCCUGCAGUCCCGCUCUUGAUGAGUUUAUAUUCUGCUUUGUUUGAUCUUGAAGUGCUGCCGAUCCUGGAGUGGUAGAAACCAACAUCAUGCGUGAAGUCCCUUAUUGUCUUUCGUAUGUUGCCUUUUUAGUUUUGAGGCUUCUAGGCCUGCUGCAAUUUCCCACAAAUGGCGUCAGCUCCAUCAUUGAUGCAGCCCUUGCCCCACCAGAAACAUCGGGGGUAUAUUUUUUUGGUGGAAAGGGUCGGACUAUUGACUCUUCUGUAGUUUCAAACAAUUCCGAACUUGCAAAGAAACUCUGGACUAUCUCAUGUGAUCUGUGUCUCCAGUCACAGCUUUCUUUAUACCGAACAUAACAUAGUAUUGCAAUAUCGGUUUGCAAAAAUACUGGUGCAAAGAAGUUAAAAAGAGAUCAUUCUGGAGGAAACAGUACGGUGCGAGUUCUUAUCUGCACAUCUGAUAUCAUUCAGUUUAAAUUGAAGUCUAGUUGUUCAAGAUAAUUUGAGAAACACAGAACAAUGACAGACGAAGUGGGAAAAUGAUGUGUUGUCAUUGGACUUUGGUAUGGUUUUUAGUUCUCAUAAUCUUUGAUACAGAUUAUAGAAUCUGUUGUGGUACAAAUUGUACAAUUUCAUUUAGGUGACAAAUCUCGAAUCUAGACAAAGAACUUGACCUAAGUUUAUUAUACAAAAUUUUUGUCUCUGCCACUGCAAGGCAAAUGAUAAAAGUAACAACAAAAG